AUGAUGGCGGCCAUCACACGCUAUUCACCCCAUUCAGAGCGGACAAGGGUUCAUUACGAGCGCUUCCUACGUGAUAUUCGCCGUUGGUUGCCUCCAGGACUUGAUGACAGCAUAGGUGAAGUUGCAGAGGAGACUCUGUCCAUUGUUUGCCGUGCAGGUAGUGGUGGUUUCAGUGGCUCUGGGGCAGCGACACAACUGCAGAAUGUUCGUAAGCAACUCGAAACACUUUUUGAUAGUCCACUGAGUGCGGAGACCCUUAACGAGGUGCUUCAGUACGGCCGGCUGAUAGAUGACUUCGUUUCGACAGAGGAUGAACCUGGUGCUCACACCAACAACGUUGUCGCUGAAGAUGGACUGAGUGAUCUUUUGCUAAUGCAGGAAGGCAAAGGCCAGCGGAAGCCGUCUGAUAUGUCGUCAUCCGAUUCAGAUGGCGAUACCCAAAAGGCCGACUAUGGUAAGGGACGUGACCUGAUGAAGUUUGCCGCAGAUGUUGACAGUAUCAACGAUGGUUUCGAUGAUCAGAACGACGACGAUGAUGCAAACUGCACGAACGCCAUCCGUGUCACCUUCGAAGAGGUUGCGUGCAAUCCGAACUAUAUUCGUGAUUCUUUGCGUCGUCUGUUUCCCACGCAAACGAUCGAGGAGUGCGAUUUACAGGCAGAGCGCGUAUUGCAGUACUGUGGAAAGCGGUCCGUGGAUCAGCUAACACUGGAAACCCAGCUUACUGCAUUUCUUGGCGGUUAUGACGACGAGGCGGUGACCGACUGGAUCGCUACAGUGGCUGCAUCUCGCUGGGAUAUCGUUUACGGCAUGUCUUUCGCGUCGAAACAAACCCAGAAGGAAAAGUCUCUUGUGAUGGAUGCAGUAAAGGAGCAUGCGCGUACUGACCGGGUUGUGGAGCGACUUUACCAAAGUAUCACAGGGAAGGAGUUAGACAACAAGCCCCAUUCUGGUGAGCGGGGAAAUGAUGCCGAUGGAUCCAAACCACUGCGACGUGUUGAUCUCCAGGCCUAUGCAUUUAAGGACGAACGCACACCGCAUCAGUACACGCACGCUGUUGUUCCCCAGGGGACAAAACGUGCGGUGUUUGAAACCCACGAUGAAGUUAUUCUCCCACCAACGGCUUCGGCGACAGAAAAUCUUCCCUGCACGCCAUUGGCCGUGUUCCCAGAGUGGGCACGACCCGCUUUUCCUGGAGUCACGCAACUGAAUCCGAUGCAGUCAAAGAUUUUUGAGUGCGCUUUUAGGAGCGAUGAAAAUAUGCUCGUUUGUGCGCCAACAGGGGCAGGAAAAACAAAUGUUGCGAUGAUGGCAAUACUGCGGGCCAUAUCAAACAACAUGUCACGGACCGGUCUCGUUAACCUUCGAGAGUUGAAGGUGGUAUAUGUGGCUCCUAUGAAGGCACUGGUCCAGGAGGUGGUGCGCACGUUCUCUGCGCGGUUGGAGCCGCUGGGACUUGCCGUCAUUGAAUUAACCGGAGAUUCUGGUGCUAAUCAGGCACAGGUGGGCGGUGCGCAACUCAUCGUCACCACACCUGAGAAGUGGGACGUUGUGACUCGAAAAUCCGUCGAACUUGGUGUCGCGUCUCUGCUAAAGUUGCUUAUUAUCGAUGAGGUCCACUUGCUGCAUAACGAACGAGGACCUGUGCUAGAAGCUAUCGUUGCCAGGACGCUACUGCAACAGCAACACCGAUGUGAAGCGGGAAUUCGCCUAGUAGGACUCAGUGCCACGCUGCCUAACUUUCAUGACGUGGCUAGUUUUUUGCAGGUCGAUCGUCAGCGCGGGUUGUUUGUUUUUGAUAGUUCUUACCGGCCAAUACCUUUACAGCAAACAUUCUGCGCUGUUAAAAAGGUUCGCGGAACGAACCAGGCGGCGGUGAUGAACCUUGUGGUCUACGAUAAAGUGUUAGAGGCGGCAACGGAGGGGGCUCAGUCGUUAGUAUUUGUUCAUUCUCGAAAAGAUACAGAUUACACCGCCCUAUACAUCGUGAGGCGCGUUGUCGAUGACAAGCGGACGCAUUACUUCGUGCGACCUGGAAGUGACUCGGAGCAGGUUCUGAGAGAGGCUGUGAGUGACCCAUCAAAUUCGCUGCGUCCGAGCAUACAACAGAUGCUUCCUUUUGGGUUUGCGGUCCACCACGCCGGCAUGAGCCGUGAGGAGCGCAGCCUCGUGGAAUCAUUAUUUGCGGGUGGACAUGUGCGAGUGCUCGUCUGUACAUCAACACUUGCAUGGGGCGUUAAUUUACCAGCACACCAGGUGAUUAUCAAAGGAACACGGGUAUUUAAUGCUGCAAAGGGUGAAACUGAACUGCUCAAUGCACUUGAUGUUCUUCAGAUGUUUGGCCGUGCGGGACGUGUCGGUUUCGGUUCUACGCUUGGAAGGGCAGCUGUGAUAACGAGUGCCGAAGAUCUACAGUAUUACCUGAGUGUCCUCAACAAUCAACUUCCAAUUGAGUCGCAAAUGAUGCGCCGAGUUGUUGACAUGUUAAAUGCGGAGGUUGUCCUUGGACAUAUCACCAACUUGGAUGAAGGCGUUCGGUGGCUCCAGCGCACGUACCUCUAUAUUCGUAUGCGACGGGCUCCAGAGAUUUAUGGGGCACGUGCAAGUAGUAACGAUCCUCUUCUUUUGCGUCACCUCGGGAAUAUUGUUCAUACUGCGGCAGAUGAUUUGCGACGCUCACAAAUGGUGGAGUACGACUCCAACACCCAUCGCAUUGCAACAACCUCACUGGGGCGCAUUGCAUCCCAUUAUUACCUCACCACUACUUCUAUGGCAACGUACCUUACCUACUUGUGUAACACUAUGCACGAUGUGGAUCUGUUUCGCCUAUUUUCAAUGUCGAAGGAGUUUUCUCACAUUAUUGUUCGGCCGGAGGAGCAGUCCCAGCUACAGUAUUUACUCGAGAACGCCCCCAUUGCCGUUCGUGAGAGCCGCUACACUCCGUUAGCGAAAAUCAAUGUACUACUACAAUGCUACAUUAGUAAUAUGAACCUCCAGGGGUUGCCUUUGAUGAGUGAAAUGUCCUAUGUGAAAGAUUCCGCUCAGCGAAUCCUUCGUGCUCUUUAUGAGAUUUCUUUGGUACGUGAGUAUGGUCGUACAGCUCAGCAGAUGUUGCAACUUUAUCUCAUGACUGUGCACCAACAAUGGGCAGUACAGUCACCAGCGCGUCAACUUCGACACACGGUCCCACCUAAAGUUUUUGCUUCAUUCAUCCAUGCUUUGGAGAGUCGUCGUGUUUCGUGGGAGGAGGUUCGUUCGUGGUCGUUGGAGGAUUUGGUUGAGAAACUAAGCGAUGAACGGCGAGCAGAAGCUGCUUAUGCAUGCAUUCGUCGGGUGCCACACUUUAUUGUGGAAGCUGCGGUGCGCCCCCUUACACGUCGCAUGUUGUAUGUGGACGUAGACAUAACCCCGGAUUUUAUGUUUGAUGAAACGGUACACACUGGUACAUCGGGUGAAUUGGUCAUUACAGUGGAACACACCAAUGGACGCAUUCUUCAUUGUGAACGUAUUAAUCUUAGGGCAGCAGCUUUGCGUGGUUGUGAAACGGUCUCAUCGCCGACUAUUGUAGUGCCUGUAGUCGAUCCCAAGCCCACACACUAUUUUGUGCGAUGUCACUCCAUGAACUGGCUUGGUGUGGAGAGCAGCGUUGCGAUAUCCCUCAUGAAUGUUUUACUUCCGGAUAUUGCCCCACCUUUGCUGGAAGUGCACCACCGACCACCAUCCGUGCGAAGUGAAGACGAGCGAGAUGUUUCCACUGCCAUGCAACCUUACGGGAUGGAAGCUGCGGCAUCAAAGGUUUUCCCCUUCACAGAGUUUUUUCAAAUACAGCACGACCUGGUUGCACCAAUAAUGGAGAACAGGGGUGAAAGCUUCUUUGUCGCGUUCCCUCCUGGAAGCGGGAAAACGGCUGUUGCCGAGAUUUUCAUUUUGAAGUUCCUUCUGGAAUGCGCUCAUUCACGGAGUGCCAAUGGGGUUAGUUCCCCUGUUGGCGGGGGGAAUGAAGAGGAAAACAAUGACGGAGGGGAAUCCAUAUUGAGAACCGAGCAAAAACUUCUGUAUCUCACAGCCACCGAGGCGUGUGCUAUGCGCCGCUAUAACGAGUGGAGAUACAAGUUUGGUGAGGAGCUCAACCAACGGGUGGCGAAGCUGGAGCCAUACGGGGAAGAACUAGCGAUCAAGGCUGAAAAAGUGAGAGGAGCAACAAUAAUCAUUAGUUGUGGAAGUAGCUUUGCUCCUCUUCUCCGGCACGGUGCCAUGGAUUUUCUUUCUGCAAUCACGCAUGUAAUCGUUGAUCAUGUACACCUCCUACGUGCGCCGGAAGGUCGGUGGAUGGAGGAAUGCGUAGCGCGUUUGCAGUCGAAGCCCUAUAUAGUGAAUAGGGGCCAAGGGCCGGCGCGUCUUCUUGCGCUGUCAUACCCGUUGAUCAGCUGCACUGAGGUAUCGCGCUGGAUGAAAGUGCCAACAGCGAGGCAGUACAACUACGGCAACUCCUACAGACAGCUUCGCGUUCGGCUUGAGGCUGUAGAGCAAUUUAGCGCUCGCAGUCGCUAUGCGGCGGCCACUAUUUCAGUGUUGAAGCUACUGCAAAAUGAUCGGUAUGCUGUAUCACCCUGUGUGAUUUUUGUUCCCACCGCACAAGAUGCAGAGGAGCUUGCCCGCCGUAUUGUUCUUCGCUGUCGUGAUUUUGUUCCUACUGAUGCCUGUGAAGAUGUUGAGGACCGUCAACUCGCUCUUUUGUUGGCGUCAGGUGUUGCGUACAUGCACCGCGGAAGCAGUUUGUUGGAUGAACUUAACAUAACGGAGAAGGUGGAACGACCCGCGCGACACCCUAAAACUGACGAGCCACUACCUUUGUACCUUGUCUGCAGUUUUGAAGCCGCAUGGAGGCUUCCCGCUGCAUUGUUUGCCACUGCAUUUGUGUGUGCUGCUGAGCGUAUUGGUAAUGUUUGUGAAGAAGAUAAGGAGUCUGAGGUUGGUGAUUUCGCUACCGACUGCUCCGUCUCGGAGUUGCUGCAAAUGACGUCGCGGGCGCUCAAUGAGGCUGUCGUGUACUGUCGGGCCGCCCGGCGUUGGGUGUGGAGCCGUCUCCUUAACGAUCCGUUGCCGAUAGAGUCACACCUUAGGUAUCCUGAAGACUUCCGCGAUACGAUCAACACCGCCGUUGCCCAGGGCCGGGCAAGAGAUAUGCCUGACGUACUGCGCAUUCUUCAAAGCCACUACUUUUUGCACCACCUUCGCACAAACUUGCACUUCUACGGUGUACCCUCCAAGGAAGACAUACCCGCUUACGCAUCGGAGUUCGCGCGAUCUGUCAUAGCAUCAUUACAGCGGACUGGAUGUGUCACUUCAAGUUCCAACUCAGCCUCAUCAACAGGUUGUGACGGUGAUGAACUGACUGCUCUUCAACCCACACCACGUGGUGUAGCGGCUAUGCGCCACGGGAUUUCCAUCGAGUCUCUUGAGGCGAUUGACGAAGCUGUGUCUGCUAACAGCAGAUGUGGGGACUCAGUGACACGCAUGUGGAGGGUGAUAGCGUCAUGCUGUGUGGAACUGACGCCGCAACAUGUUGGAGAUGCCGCGCGGAUUGUAGACAUCGCUGAGUUGAGUGCCCUUCACGUUGUGGCACGAGCUUUUCCCCAUACCUACGAUGUCCAAUAUCUGGACAUGGAUUUCAGCAAAGGUUGGACGAAGGUGCAUUUACUGGUUCUUGCACACUGUGCCCGGAUGUUUGUACUGCCAGUCAGUUGUGACGAUGGAGGUGUUGAGGCGGAGCGUGGGGAGAUAGAUGCACUUCAUCCAUUCGCAUCGCGGUCUUCUUUGGCUGUCGAACCUCAACUGCUGCUGCAGAUACCUCACAGUGUGGCCGAACGGCUUCUUGAAGACUUAAACGUCUUACUCCCCGUGGUGUUGGAUUUAGUUCGUGGCGUGAGCGAAAUUUUUGAUGGGAGAACGCAAUGGAGGCAUGCCCGCUGUUUGAUGCGGCUUCUUUCCCAAAUCGAGCGUCGCGUGUGGGGGUUUGAGAACCCGAUUAUGGUGGUGCCUUGUGUGCAGGAGACUCCUGCACUCCAGCGACUGCUGCUGUCGGAGGACCCCAACUGUGUUUCAUACUCGCUCGAACGUCUCCAAGAGCUGUGCGAUGCUGGAGUCAAAGCCAGCAAAGAGUGGUGCGAUCUAGCUAAGCGCUUGUGCGAAGAAGUUCCAGUGGUAAGUGAUACCGCUGCCAGUGAAGCGUUGGUUCGUCGGUUGCGCUCCGAGGUCGCAGCUGUUCCCCGUGUCGUAUCCCUUUCGUCCCGUGGAACGAUCGAGUUAACUAAGGGCGGACAGGCCUUUGUUAUCCGCGUAACAGGACGCGUUUUAUGCGCGUGCUCAACAGUCGGCGGCUCAUUGGGACCGUGGUGGAUAGCUUGUGUCGUCCGGCACAGCGGUCGGGAACAUGUCACAGAAAGGCUUAUGGCGCUUCGCACUGUAGCGGCGGUAGUGGAGCCAACAACAAGGGACACUCAGGGCGGCAAUACGCGUGAUAAAGACGCCACUGGAAAGGACCUCACAACUCCACCACCACUGCUCUCAGCCUGGAGUAUAGAAGAAACACUUUCAUUUCCUCUACACGCUGUGGAUGGCGAGGAUCUUGAUACAAUUACGAUGGUUGCUAUCGUGAUUUCGGCGAGGUAUCGUGCCGAUGCGGAGGUGGACGUAACCUUUGCAGCGGGAUAA